CAGACAACACAGAAAUUAUAAUCACUAAAAACUGUGUAUGUUUGAAGUCGAUGUUUUUCUCUUCAUUUGCUGGGCAGAAAUACUAGACUGCUUGGUUCAGGACUGGACGCCUAUCCAACCUGCUAACUUGGAACUUAAGAUCCAUGGCAACAAAGGAGUCAGCAGAUGCCAAAGCACAGUUGGCCCUCACCUCUUCAGCGAAUUGGAGCCAAGAAGUGCCUGAAAAACCGAACUAUACUCUCAAAUGUACUCUCAUGGGACAUACAGAAGCAAUAUCAUCAGUUAAGUUUAGUCCUAAUGGAGAAUGGCUAGCAAGUUCUUCUGCUGAUAAACUAAUUAUACUUUGGGGAGCAUAUGAUGGAAAACAUGAGAAAACACUCGUUGGUCAUACUCUAGAAAUAUCAGAUGUUGCCUGGUCAUCAGAUUCCAGUCAUCUUGUUUCUGCUUCAGAUGAUAAAACUUUAAAGAUAUGGGAUGUGAGAUCAGGAAAAUGUUUGAAAACACUGACGGGACACAGUAAUUAUGUGUUUUGCUGUAAUUUCAACCCACCAUCCAACCUUAUCAUUUCAGGAUCUUUUGAUGAGAGUGUGAAAAUAUGGGAAGUGAAAACAGGAAAGUGCCUCAAGACCUUGUCUGCGCAUUCUGACCCAGUUUCUGCUGUUCAUUUUAAUUGUAAUGGGUCUUUGAUAGUGUCAGGUAGCUAUGAUGGUCUCUGUAGAAUCUGGGAUGCUGCAUCAGGCCAGUGUUUGAAAACGCUUGCUGAUGAUGAUAACCCUCCUGUCUCUUUUGUAAAAUUUUCUCCAAAUGGUAAAUACAUUCUUACUGCAACUUUGGACAACACUCUCAAACUGUGGGAUUAUAGCAGAGGCAGAUGUCUGAAAACAUACACUGGUCACAAGAAUGAGAAAUACUGCAUUUUUGCCAAUUUUUCUGUUACUGGUGGAAAGUGGAUUGUAUCUGGUUCUGAGGAUAAUCUGGUUUACAUUUGGAACCUUCAGACCAAAGAGAUUGUACAGAAAUUACAAGGUCAUACAGAUGUUGUGAUCUCAGCAGCUUGCCAUCCUACAGAAAACAUCAUUGCAUCAGCAGCAUUAGAAAAUGACAAAACAAUUAAGCUGUGGAUGAGUAAGCACUAAUCCCUUUGGAAAUCAAGUAGUAGAGCCAUGUUG